AAAAUCACACAUUUUGUAGAGCACGCCAUUAAUCGUGAGCUAGCCGUUAGGGACCAUUCUCUCAUUUCAUUUCUUCUGUUGUUUUCAUCCCUCCAUCAAUGGCCGAUUUCUCUUUCCUUUCGGACAGCGACGAUGACGUCAGAGCAGCAGCCGACGAGCUUCUGUCUCAGGCGAUGGAUCACUCUGUUCUCGAGCAGGUCGCCGCCAUCAACUGCUCCGGAUUCGCCGAUUCGCCCCUCCCGUCUCACCUCGAAACUCGCUUCCGUAAGCUCAAAUCCUUCCCUUCUGCAAACCCUAAACCCCCUAAUCUCGCCGCCCCCGCCCCUAGAAGCUCCGCCGUCUCUCAGUCCGCUUCUGAUCCGGCGAAGGAAGACCGAUUCGAGGGGAAUAAAGGUCCAGAGAAGGGUUCGAUUUCCGAUUUCGUUUCAUCGCCGCCGAAAUUGGAUUUACCAGAAAGGAAAUUCGGGUCGGGUUCGGUUUCGUCUUCGGAUUCCUCGGCUUCGACGGAUCCCCCGUCGCCUCCGGCGAAAACCGGCUGCCUGUGGUGUUCCCCGAGGAAGAAGAACAAGGGGAAAGAGAACAGAGGCGUCGCAGGCAAGAGAUUCCUGUCCGAUUUGAACAGUUUCUCCGAGAAGAAGCAGGAGAAAAUGCUGAAGAAGGCGAUGAAGGAAGAGGAGAAGAUCAGCAGAGAAGCGGAGAAGAUAGUGAAGUGGGCGAAACAGGCAUCUGCUAGGAUGGAGUUUGAUGGCCUCGAUGAAGACGACGACGAUGACACCAGCGGGAAAGAGCUUCGUUGACGACGAUUCGUUUCUUCAUUGGGUCCAAAUUCUAACAAUCCACAUGCAUCUAUCCAUCUAUAGCCAUAUAUAUUUUCUUGGUCUAAAAACCGUACUUUUUAUUUGUUUAGAAAAACUCUUGAAUUUGGCCUAAUUAAACACAAAAAUCCUUA